GUCACAUCAUUACAGUCUCAUGGCGUGGCGCAAUCCAUCUCCCUAACAAAACUAAAGCUGAAUACCAGUUUUGGCUCUAAAGAUAGCCGUGUUACUCAUGUGGGGCCCUUUGUCUCUGCUCAGUCCGGAGCGGCCGACUUCAGAGCUGUAGGAUGGUGCUGUGGCACCGCGGCCACCUCACAAACGGAGUAGUUUGAUGUCUGAGGCGAUCCGAGCAAAGCAGGUCAGUCAUCUUUACUGAGGGAUAGAAAGCCAACCAGACAGGGGGACAAUCUGUAAGAUACACCUGUUCUCCAGUCCAACCAUGAGGGACAGACUGAGCAACCUGCAGGAGCUGUCCAACAGCCAUGUGGAGCCAAGGGAGUACGCGGAUUCCACACUCUCCGACUCCUUCAGCAAUGUGGACCUCGAGGAGGAGCUGCCCCAUGAAGCGGUAGUGUUCGACAACAGCCCUGCUCUGGCAGAGGUCUUUUCCCAGUCUCAAGAAAUCCACAGAGAGAUCCAGCUCAUCCGCCUGGAGGUUAAAAGGCUACGUGAGCAGAACUCUCGCAUGCUCCAGGGCGUCACCACUAUGAGCACCAUCAAAAGGGACUCCAACGCCAUUGGUGCUGAUAUAAAGUCCCGGGCUGAGGGCGUGCUCGCACGUCUGCAGGAAAUGGAAGGCAGCGCCCACAAGCUAGAAGAAGAACACGGCUCAAAUUCUGCCAUCACACGUAUCAGCAGAACCCAAUACGCUUGCCUCAGCAAUGGCUUCCGCGAUGCCAUGUUUGACUAUAACGAGGCGGAGAUGAGCCAUCGGCAGAACUGCAAAGCCCAGAUCCAGAGGCAAAUGGAGAUAGUGGGACGCGAGGUGACAGGAGAGGAGGUGGAGGAGAUGAUCGAGACAGGUCAGUUUCACAUGUUCACCGAUAACAUCAUGACUGAGGGUAAAACGGCCCGAUCGGCUCUGUCCCAGAUCGAGAAACGUCACCAAGAGCUGUUGGACCUGGAGACCCGCAUCAGCGGCAUCCACGAGAUCUUCCUGGACAUUGCCCUGCUGGUGGAGGAGCAGGGCCCCAUGCUGACCUCAAUCCAAACCAACGUCCAGAAAACCGAUGAACACAUACAGGACGCCCUCGUAAAACUGGGCAGGGCCAAGCGUCAUGACAAGAACAACCCCUUUAAAAAGAUGUUUUGCAGCUGUUUCCCGUGCUACAAUUAAUGACUGUAGACUGCAGAGAUGGGUAGCAAAAUACACCACGUUCCGACAAAGAGAAAAGUUUAAAGUUAUUGUGUCUAACUUGAGAAAGAAAAUGCUCCGGUAAAAUAUUUUAAAAUUGAUGUCUGUAAUGUUUUAUACAAAAGGUUUGAGACUGGUAUCUCAAAUCAGAAUGAAUCCGCCCAUGUCAGAGGUGUGAUGCAGACCUGAAACAAAUGUUAAUUGAAAAUGUUUGAAUCUCCACAUGGGACGGAUUUACCAAAUAACGCAGUGUGAUGACUGUCAGGAAGCUUUUCUUAAAAUUGCAGGAAAUUCCUUCAAAGAUGAUGAUUUAUGAUGGGAAUGCUGCUGACAUGACGACUCCCAAUUCAAUAAACUGCCUGAAGAUAAAGAUGAUAAGCAACUUCAAACAGCUCUUACCGACAAAUAUUUUCUAGUGUCUGACCCGAUCCAUUCAGGUCUAAUAAUUUGGUUGUAUAUGUCAAUACAGGGGUAAAAAUGAAUGUCCUAGGCAUAUGGCUGACAGAAAAUAUUUUAGAAAUUGAUCAGUUCAGUUGUUAUUGAUCAGAUUGUGAAUAUUUUCUGUAUAUAUAAAUUAUGAAAUUACUGGGUCGAUUCUUAUAUUGGCCAUGUCUUUCGAGGACACCCGUAACUGAACAGUGACAACAGUUUUAACGGAACUUAUCGUCAGUCUCAAUGUUAUGCAGGAAUCACACAGCUGUGUGCUAAUGUGUUUCUUUUCACUCCUGUUUUAUGACUGUACGUAUAAUGCCUUUAUGUUGUCUGCCUUUCCUCUGUGGUGUCGUGUAUUAUACAUAAAGAGUUAUAUUAAAGUCAGUGAGUCUGGGA